UUUUUCCCUUCUCUCACAGAGUAUCAUCCUCUCUCAGCUCCCCAGCAAGGCAGUAGUAAGUGUGCCAUUGCUUUUCAUUAGGUUGAACCGCUCCCUGUCUGUCCUGGCUCUGCAGUCUCUCAUUUAAUGAGCUUAUUUCCUCUGAAUGUGCUUGAGUUGCAGUUUUGGGAAGGUCGCACCAUUUAUAAUUAUGUAGUUCAGUAAAAGUUUUCAAGGGGGAGAACAGAGCUACUCAGGUGACAGUUCAGCCAGACUUCUCCCUGGACCAUGUACCAACCAUGUGACAUUAGUGAACGGGCUUUAUGAGAGACCUGGUUCUCAAGGGAAGGAGGAAGAAUGGCAGGUGGAGGUGUGGGAAGAUCUUCAGAAUAUUCUGGAAGAGACCAAUAUAAGUUUGUGAAAGACCUAAAGACUUCAUGAGGAUGUCACAAGCUGGAGACCAGGAACUCUCCAAGAUCACGAUGCCAGUGAUAUUUAACGAGCCGUUGAGCUUCCUGCAGCGGCUGACGGAGUACAUGGAGCACACUUACCUCAUCCACAAAGCCAGCUCCUUUUCAGAUCCUGUGGAAAGGAUGCAGUGUGUGGCUGCCUUCGCGGUGUCGGCUGUUGCUUCCCAGUGGGAACGGACCGGAAAGCCUUUCAACCCGCUCCUGGGCGAGACCUACGAGUUAGUUCG